AUGUCGGAUUCGCCACUCGGCAAGAUCACACCUUGCCGUGACGCCUUAGCCGAGCCGACCUCGCCAGGAUGGAAUUUCCCCGACAAUGCUGCACACUCCUCGAAUCGUGUGAUUCAACAACCCAUUGACGAAAUGAGAUCAAAUUUGUCGAAAUUGCCGAAUGGCGCGGUCACGAAGCCACAUAAGAAAUCUGUUGCCACCAAUCCGCUAACGCAUAAUAGCUAUCUUGACCAGCUAGCUGCCGAGAAUGCACGGCUGCGCGAACAGCUUUCUCAAUCUCCAGGUUUUGUGGAACCGGACGAUCAUGCCGAUUCGGAAGACGCUGGGCUUCCCGAUGGCGAUACGCACGUCCAGAAUCCAAUGCUUGGAGAGCAAGCAUGGUUUCAGCCCUACGAUCCAUCGGCUCCGCCAAUUCACAUUGGGGAAGCAGCAUGCACAGCCUUUGCCACUCGCCUCCGUCAGGUUCUGACGACAAACAAGACGACAUCUCACAUACCACGCACACAGUAUACUCCAGAAUCGACCUUAAUGAAGCUUCGAAGUCCCGCGCCUGAAUGGCCAAGCCUGCCUCAGGCACGGCUGUUGAUCCAGAUUGUGUUCAAUCAGGUCAGCCGUGUCUAUCACUUGGUUCUCCGAAAAUCCACCAUCGAGGAACUUGAAGAGGCUUACCGUCAAGCUGAAUUUGACGAUCCCAUAUUGAUUUGUAAAUUUUUCGCGCUCUUUGCCUUGGGCGAAGUAUAUUCUGCCCGGUCGAAUUCGAGGCUGGAAUGCGGCGUUCCAGGUGCUGCAUACUACGUGAACGCGAUGACGCUUAUCCCCAUUCUCCCCGAGCGGCCGAGCCUGACCCAUAUUGAAUCGCUUUUGCUAAUGUCUCUCUAUUCUUACUUUUUAAAUCGCCGACAUUCGGCAUUCUUGCUCGUUGGUAGCGCGAUACGCUUAGGGUUGACUCUAGGAUUGAACCAUGAUAUCCCUGAAUGCCAAUGCCCCGAUCCGGUAGAUCGACAACACCGGAUCCGCCUGUGGUGGGCGAUGUAUGUGUUCGACCGCAUGUACGGCUCCAAAGCUGGAUGGCCCAUCCAGAUCGCCGACGAUGAUAUUCAUGUCGAAAUGCCAACAAAUCUAGCGAGUGAUUCGCACAAUGAACAGUUCUCCGAUACGCAGUUCCUUGUGGCCAGUAUUCGGCUGGCCGGCAUCACCGGUCAAAUUAUUGAAAAGGUGUAUAGUCGCAAGAAACAGCCGGACUCAUUCAUUCAGAGGGAGCAGAGUCUGCUUAAGGCUCUAAAACAAUGGGCACAGGCACUGCCUUCGCAUCUUCGUCUAACACGCGAUGGUCCGAUUCCAAAGAAUAUAGUUUCAUUACAUUUGCAACUUAACCAGUGCAUCAUGCUAGCCACGCGGCCAAUCUUGCUAUAUACUUUGAUCCAGUCCCGAAUGCCUGUCACGGGUAACAAAGAUACGGCGCCGAGAUACACUCACACGCUGAAGACUCUGGGCGAUGCAUGCAUCAACGCUGCAAGGCACACGCACUCAUUGAUUGUGGAAGAGUGGAUCAAUGGAUCGAUGCCCAUAUUUGGGUAUUUUUAUGCACACUAUCUGUUCUCCAGCGCACUUAUUAUGGUUGUUUCGAGUCAGAUACCCGCAGAGCACUGCAGUGAUCAUGGACUCUUUGAGACGGCCUUGGAGAUUCUACGGGCAAUGAGCGACCACGGGAACUUGGCUGCGACCGAGUUUUACGACAACCUGAAAUGUGUGCAACAGUGCCUCGAUAAGACUCGAGGGCCAACGGCUCCAAAAUCUGUCUCCAACGAUUCUUUGCAGCCUCUUCAUCAGAAUGACCCAGCUAUGCUCCCUUUGCACACCAAUCCACCGACUGGACCACCGAGUACGACGGGACUGUCUGUGCACCCCGUUCUGCCUGAUAUAACGGCCCCCAGAAACCUUAUGGAUGAAAUGGUGUUUCUGGACCAGAGUAUGGAGGAGUUCCUGGCGCAGACCGAUGUGGAUUCGGGACCGUUGGACCCGUCGGGAGUGCCGAUUAACAUGGCGGAUUCUGUGUACUCGUGGCCUAAUUAUUCACUAUGGACGGCAUGA